ACAAAGCUUUCCCUUCCUCCCCGCCCAAAUCUCCUAUGAUGGCCUGUCUUGUGUUGAGGAAUUGUAUCCGACGUUCAGACUCCCUCAGACUCCUACAGCUGACCCUCACCUCUUCGCGCAGGAGGCUUGUCAGACCUAUCCAGCUGCCUUUGGUGCGCAGCAUGAGUGACGAGGUGGCAGCCGCUAAGGCUGCGUCCUCAGAGAGUAAACACCAGCCCACCAUUUUCGACAAGAUCAUUGACAAGUCCAUCCCAGCUGACAUCGUGUAUGAGGAUGACAAGUGCCUGGCCUUCCGUGAUAUCUCGCCUCAAGCACCAACUCAUAUCCUUGUGAUUCCCAAGAAGAGGCUGGCGAUGCUCAGCGAUGCUACAGAGGAGGAUAACUCUCUUCUUGGUCAUCUUCUGCUGACUGCAAACAAAGUAGCUGCUCAAGAGAAACUUGACAAUGGUUUUAGGAUAGUGAUCAACAAUGGAAGAGACGGGGCUCAGUCUGUUUACCACCUCCACUUGCACAUCCUCGGAGGUCGCCAAAUGUCCUGGCCACCUGGCUAAGACAAGGUGCUGGAGAAGCUGCAUACAGUCAGGCCACUUUGACAUAGAUCAGACCCUUGAGAUAUCUAUAUGUUAACUGCCAUCUAUAAUCAUUUCUGUAAUUAAUUUUCAAACUUGUGAUGUAAUCAUUUAUUCACGGUGCAUAUUUGCCAUAUCACCUGUUUGGCUCUAAGAUGCAAGUACCUUAGGAUAAAUACUUAAAUCUGCAGGGUAGGCAUAGAUUUUUGAGCAGUGUUUUCAGUAUCAAUUAUCUUUAUGAAAUGGCUGUGUAAUGAAAUCUCCACAUUACUUAAUUAUUGCUUGAGAAGAUUGUAGCUGUACUUUGCAUACUGAUUCACAAGCUAGUGAUUUUGCCCCGAAGUUUUAAAGAUAUUGUAAAGAUCACAUAUCUAUAAGUGGCCUACUGUGUAAGCUAUUCAGAUAUUAAAUAUGAUUAGUCACACCAAGCAUAUUUUUGUUCUACAUUUUGUAAUUGGUUUAAUAAUUUAGACUAAAUCGUGAAAUCAUCCACUGUUGAUUCUUUUUUGGCAACCUUGAGCAUCGAUUAACUGUUAUUGUGUGUGACUUAUUUGUUCCAAUAAAGAUUAGUAAAUA